UGUGAGUGUGAGUGAGCCUGUCACUUGUGCUGUGUGCGCUAUGAGCUGUAUGGUUUACAGUCACGCCGACGCGGAGAAACAAUCCCCAUGCCCUCCAAACGUUUCUGCAGGAAGAGAGCAUAGCGAGAGAAGGACACAACCCUAACCCCGGAGUUAAGGAAAGACACGAGAUUCUUCUCUCAAAGAGGGGGGGAAAAAACAUUUCAACAGCGGAAGACAACUGAAAAUGAGAAAUACUGGAAUUGCAGGACGACUGGCACAUCAAAGAAAACUGACGUAACCAACUGUGGAUACAAAUACAGGUAUUUUUAAGGAAUUGCCAUAUGUUUUUCAGCACUUUCUAAAAUAAACACAAAGAGACUGAAGUGCUGGGUGCACAAAGUUGGAUUAACAAGUUGAAUUUCGAAUUUUUUUGUUGUUGCCGAGGAGACAAUUGAGGACAGUUACACUCUGUAGUCCCGAGCCUGCUCUAAAGAUGUAUAACAGCACUCCACACACCUCCAACGCCACUAAUACAAUAAGUGCUACCAACAAUUACAUGAGCUGUGAUAAGAACGAUGACUUUAAAUACCCCAUGUACAGUUCAGUUUUCAGCCUGGUGUUUGCAGUUGGAUUUCUCUUCAACCUGAUGGCUGUAUACAUUUUUGGCUGUACAUUCAAACAACGAAACGAAACCACGACGUACAUGAUCAACCUCGUGGUUUCGGACUCCCUCUUCGUUCUCAGUCUGCCUUUUCGGAUCGUUUACUUCAUUAAACGUGAAUGGCUGUUUGGCAGUGUGCUCUGCAAGAUCUCCGUGGCCCUCUUCUACACCAACAUGUACGGCAGCAUCCUCUUCCUCACCUGCAUUAGCGUUGACCGUUUCCUGGCCAUUGUGCACCCAUUCAGAUCCCAGGUCAUUCGCACUAAGAGGAAUGCCAAACUGGCCUGCUGUGUGGUGUGGGUGUUGAUUCUUUCUGGGAGCUUACCCACGGGGUUCCUUUUGGACACCACGUCUCCCAAAAAUGUCAACUCCUCUGCAAAUUUCUGCUUCGAGAACUACUCCAAGAAGCAGUGGAAGUCGGAGCUGUCGAAGGUGGUGGUGUUCAUCGAGACUGUGGGCUUCAUCCUCCCGCUGCUGGUCAAUGUGUUCUGCUCGGUCAUGGUGCUACGGACACUGAAGAGACCGCAGACCAUUAGCCGCGGGGGGAGCAUCAACAAGAAAAAAAUCUUGCAGAUGAUCUUUGUCCAUUUAUUUAUCUUCUGCUUCUGUUUCAUCCCCUACAACGUCAAUCUGAUCUUCUACGCCCUGGUGCGCUCCAACGUCCUGAAAGGAUGCUACGUGGAAAACGUGGUCAGAACUAUCUACCCCAUUGCUCUGUGCAUAGCAGUGACCAACUGCUGCUUUGAUCCAGUCAUAUACUACUUCACAUCGGAAACCAUUCAAAGCUCCAUCAAACGCAAGUCCACGGUAUGGCACAACGGCGCGAGGCUCUUUGACAGACUGCAGAUGGACAGUCCACAGAGUAGUCCAAUUACAACUCCAAAAAACCUCACCAUGACUAGUCUGAGAUCAAGAAUACUUGGCAGUGAGUCGACAGUCUAAUGAACACCAUGAACUACCGAAUUAAGAUUACUGCUGGUAAAACUGUGACGGACGUUGGUGGAAACAGAGUGGUCUUUAAUAUCACGACAACCCAGUAACGGCUGCUCAUGAGGAGUCACUCUGUCAGCAUCUACUGGAAACCAAAGAGAGACUUCUGACGCUAAUCACUAUUUAAGCAAUUCCUCUUAUAAAGGAGACAUUUCACAGUGCAUUGAUAAAUGAUGAGUUAUGAUUUUGUAGUGUACAUUAGGGACUGACAAGUGUGUAAGUCUUGUCACAUGUAAGUCUUGUUAUUUGCAUGGCGCAGCUUUUCCACAUUAGACUUUGUUUUUGUGGUUUUAUUCCUCGGAGAAGAUUUUCUUUUUUUGGUAAAUUCUUCUUAACCAAUGAAAAACCAGUAUUACAACUUUCUAUAUGUACUGUGCAUUUUUUUUUUUUACAUAUUUGUGGCCUCAAUAGGGCUUUUAAGCACUUUAAAUAACAGCUUGUUUUGUAAGAGCGUACGUUUUAUAUGACAGAAAAUAAACAUGAUUAUCUUCA